GCCUCGUCACAGACACUCACCGAGGAGGCCUUCACCACCAACACCACGUCUUCACAUCUUGGCCGUGAUGAUAACCAGGACCUCUUCACUUGCUUGUCACUAGGUACCACAUCACUCAGUGAUUCUUGAUUCUCGCCAAGGCGCAAUACAGAGUGAAUUCGUGUCCAUCAUGGUAUAUCAUUCCGCCAACACUGCUCACAUACCUGUCCACAUUCCUUACUCUCUCUCCCAGAAACAACACUCAUUCUUUGAUAACCAUCACUUCCUAUCAACAGCAAUCCUUCAUCGCGCUUUCCCACAGCUCGUUGACCUUCCGGUCCCGUCACUCUUUUCACCCCUACAAAUCGCCUCACGCUCACUGCGACAACCAUGAAAGCCACCAUUUUCGCCGUUGCUGCCUUGUGCGCUCAGGUUGGACUGGCUGUUCCUCAUGCUGGCAAUCAAAAGCACCGUCAUGCUGCUCGUCAUGAAGCGACCUACUAUUCCACCAUCACCGACGUCGUGACUGUCACUGCUCCAAACGCUGUCAUCUGGGUCGACCAGUACAACAAUGUCAUCUCGACUGAAUAUCGCGGCCACUCUGAAGCAGCGACAGCAACCGAGACCGCCACCACCGAUCUUCCGGCUCUUUCCAGCACUGAAUCAGUUGUCUCAAUUCCUACCACCGCCGAUAACGUAGCACCAUCUGCAUCUUCUUCCUCGGACACCACAAGCCUCGCUUCUCUCACUCCUUCUCCUAGCACCGACACUCUUACUGAUUCGGUCGUCUCGUCACUACCCGCUGCGACCUCCACUUUCGAGUCUUCCACUCCUGUCUCCUCAGCGUCGGCGGUAGCUACCAGCUCCGCCGACCAUCGUGAGUCCGGUGGUGAUGGGGUGUCCGCAGGUAGUGGUUUCGGUAUUUGCUACGAACUUAUUGGGAAUUCUGGCUGCAAGACCGCAGACCAGAUGAACUCAGAUUUUGCUUUCUUGGUCAGUCAAGGUUUCGGCAAGGUUCGUGUCUACGACAUUGGCUGCAAUCUCGGACCUGUUGCACAAGCUGCCGCUUCUAAUGGCCUGCAACUUAUAGCUGGUCUCAAUACAGUCAGCAAUGUCGCAGCCGACAUUGCGAAACUGAUCGGCUUCCUCGCUGGCAACUGGGGACCAGUCGACACCAUUGUUAUUGGCAACGAAGUCGUCAACAACGGUGGAAACGCGGCUGAUGUUGUUGCGGCACUUGGAAUUGCUCGCGCUGCUCUUACUGCCGCCGGAUACACCAAGAACGUUGUCACCGUUGAUGUUUGGAGUCAAUUCAUAACUAAUCCCGACCUUUGCACCUACUCCGAUUACUGUGCUGCCAAUGCGCACGCGUUCUUCGACAUAAACACCACUGCGGAGCAGGCCGGUGGCUAUGUGAGUAACAUCGUCACUAAACUCGCCGCCGCUGCGAAUGGAAAGUCUAUUGUCAUAACGGAAUCCGGCUGGCCCUACCAAGGACAAGCCAAUGGACUUGCCAUCCCUUCACCCGCAAAUCAGCAGACCGCAGUCAGCGGUCUUAGAUCUGCGUUUGCCGGAAAUCCUGGCGGGCUGUUCUUGUUCCAGGCCUAUGAUGCGACCUACAAGGCGCCUGGUCCUCUGGGAGUCGAGCAAUUCUUUGGCAUCUACGGCCACUGAGCGAUGUGGCGAUAUGAGGCAUUGGUCAAAUAAGCAUCAGCGUCGAGACCAGACGACCCCCUUCAAAAUCGAUCUUAUGCCUGCACACAUCAUUCAGUAUCUGCUUCUCAGCCCAUAUUCAGCAUAUGCAUCUAUCACCACUCGCCCGUCUUCUGCAUAGCGACGGCGUUCCACAUCAUCUCAAACGCAUCCGAUCCAGUUGGCUUUUUUUCGGAGCUAUAUCGACCUUGCACUGCUUUUUCUCCAACAUGAUACCCCAAGGAUCAGCAACCCUUUCAUUUUCCAUGUAGAGACUACAUCACAUUCGGAACUUUCCGCACGGUAUACCUUGCGGACGUCCUCGACGUCCAAGGAACGGCGAUCACUAAAACCUUACGCACAUCACAUUCGGCCUCCACUCACCUUGCCGAGUCAACUCCACCUGGAGCAGACAAGGCAUCGACGAGGUUAAGAAUGACGUUUUGUGAACGACUAAAGCGGUCAAGGAGGUUCAUAUCCAUCAUGCAAGCAUGGGUACAUGAGAGUAUGCCAGCCAACCCACAUCCAAGCUAGCCAUGUCCGGCUCAGGAACAACCAAACGAGCUGCAGAGGAUCUCAGCCUUACCGUAAGCAAAGCAUCACGGUGUUGCCCGGGACCUAGCAUGGCAUGGAUGACAUGACAGAUUAGAUAGCUCAGUUAGCUUCCCCCUUCAAAUGAAUGAACCAUCUUGAAAACCA